AUGACAAUUGGUGGUUGGGAUGUUGGGGGUUUUGAAGAGGAAGGGUCAGUGAGUCGAAAGGUGGCGAUAGAGGAUUUCAAUCUUGUAGGGACUUAUAAAAUUUUUAAGGGUGUUUUUGUUGGAUUUCAAUCAUUUGGACAUGCUGAUGUCACCUGUUUAACUGAAAAGUCAUCUCCCAUGGCUAAGUGGGCAUCAGUAUCUUCAAACAACCACAAUGAUAUGGUGAUGGGUCAUUUGCUUUCUCAAAAAUCUGGGAUUGAACUCAUGCAGAAUUGUGAUUUGCCGCCUCCUUCGAAGGUUUUUUCUGGGUCGGAUAAGAUGGUUAUAUCUCCUAUGAAUAGGAUAUGUGGUGUGAUGGGACGAGAAGAGGAAGAGAGGUAUGAUUUUGAUGCGUGUAGAAGUGGUGAAAGUGAAAAGCUGGAGCUUGUGAAGGCGUUGAGAUUGUCACAGACGCGUGCAAGGGAGGCCGAGAAGAGAGCUGCAAGUUUUGCAAAGGAGAGGGACAGUCUGUACUGUGUUUUCUUGGAGGACUCAAUGCGGAUAUUUGCUUAUCGACAAUGGAUGAGAUUGCUUGAAGUUCAAGUUUCAAAGGUGCAGAAGACAGAGAGUAAUUUAUUGUGUUGUUGUGGUGCUGGCAAAGAGGGAGAUGAUGAUGGGGAAGAUGGAGUUGGGGUGUCAUUGUUUAUGGCUUUGGCACUUUGUUUAGGGAUAGUUAGUGUGGGAUUUGCAUUUGGGUGCAAAUAUUUGUUCUGA